UGUAACCGGAUGAGGUGACGAAACGUGUGGGCGUGGCUCCGGAGGCUGCCAAGCUUGCUGUUGCUGGUUGGCCGGGCUCGGUCACAUGCUUUCUUCUUAGAGAGUGAGGUCCCGGCGAGGAAUACAAACGAUGACAUCAUCAGAAGAUUGAAGCUGUGGAACGUUCCAGCCAGCCAGAUUGCCAGCUCUGUGGGUCAAUUUUGGGGUACGAUUAGAAUGGAUAACAAGGGCUUCUCCCGGGCCAGCCUCAACAGUUUCCAGAGCAGCACCAGUGAUGAAGACAUGGUGGAGAUUACAGAAGGAUCCCUCGAUUUUAACUUAUCCGAUGAUGUCCCACCGAUCGAUCGAGAGCUGUCUCAAGGCUUUCCAUCCUAUAAUGGGAAUGGAGUCCACGGCUCAAGCAAGGUGGCGACGGAUUUUCUGGAGGUACCUGGGGUGGGAACGUAUGAGGACUUUAAUACGAUCGAUUGGGUGCGGGAGAAGUCUAGAGACCGAGAUCGACACAGAGAGAUCCUUAGUAAGAGUAAAGAAUCCACGUGGGCACUCUUGCACAGUGUUAGCGAUGCUUUCUCGGGAUGGUUGUUGAUGCUGCUGAUCGGUUUGUUUGCAGGUUCUUUAGCUGGUCUGAUUGACAUUUCCUCGCAUUGGAUGACGGACCUGAAGGAGGGGAUUUGUAUGUCUGGCUUCUGGUUUAACCAUGAGCAGUGUUGCUGGAAAUCGGUGAAUGUGGAAUUCGCAGACAGGAAUAACUGUCCGGAAUGGAGAAGUUGGUCCGAGUUAAUCCUUGGAGGGUCAGAGGGGGCGUUCCCUUACAUCUUGAAUUAUGUAAUGUACAUCCUGUGGGCUCUCCUCUUCGCCCUCCUUGCGGUCUUGUUGGUCCGCAACUUUGCGCCGUAUGCCUGCGGGUCCGGUAUCCCUGAGAUUAAGACAAUAUUGAGCGGUUUUAUAAUCCGAGGAUACUUGGGCAAGUGGACGCUGAUGAUCAAGACCAUGACCCUGGUGCUGGCUGUAUCAUCCGGCCUGAGCCUGGGGAAGGAAGGACCCCUUAUUCACGUGGCCUGCUGCUGUGGGAACAUCCUGUGCCACCUUUUCACCAAGUACCGUAAAAAUGAAGCCAAGAGAAGAGAGGUGCUAUCUGCUGCAGCUGCUGCCGGAGUGUCGGUGGCCUUUGGUGCUCCCAUCGGAGGAGUCCUUUUCAGUCUGGAGGAGGUGAGCUAUUAUUUUCCCCUGAAGACACUUUGGAGGUCGUUCUUCGCUGCGUUGGUAGCAGCUUUCACGUUGCGCUCCAUUAAUCCCUUCGGAAACAGCCGCCUAGUCCUGUUUUAUGUGGAGUUUCACACUCCCUGGCAUCUGGUUGAACUUGUCCCGUUCAUCCUCCUUGGGAUAUUUGGAGGUCUGUGGGGCGCCUUCUUCAUCAGGGGGAACAUCGCUUGGUGCCGUCGAAGGAAGACCACGAAGCUGGGCCACUAUCCGGUGACGGAGGUCUUGGCGGUCACGGCCAUCACAGCGGUUAUAGCGUUUCCCAACGAGUACACUCGAACGAGUUCUAGCGAACUGAUCUCUGAGCUUUUCAAUGACUGCGGGUUGCUGGACUCAUCCAAACUUUGCGAUUACCGUAAUGACUUCAAUAGUACGAAUGUCGGGAACCUGCCUGACCGAUCAGCCGGUAGCGGAGUCUACACUGCCUUGUGGCAGCUGUCGUUGGCAUUAAUAUUUAAAGCCGUCAUCACCAUCUUCACAUUCGGUAUCAAGGUGCCUUCAGGUCUCUUCAUCCCGAGUAUGGCUGUGGGGGCCAUAAUGGGAAGAAUCAUGGGGGUCAGUAUGGAGCAGCUGGCGUUCCACCACCGUGAUUGGUUCCUCUUCAAGGGAUGGUGUAGCCAAGGAGCCGACUGCAUUACUCCGGGACUAUACGCCAUGGUGGGAGCAGCUGCUUGUCUAGGAGGAGCCACACGCAUGACCGUCUCCCUGGUAGUAAUCAUGUUUGAAUUAACCGGUGGACUGGAAUACAUUGUGCCUUUAAUGGCUGCGGCCAUGACUAGUAAAUGGGUGGCAGAUGCCUUGGGAAGGGAAAGUAUUUACGAUGCCCACAUCCAUUUGAAUGGGUAUCCUUUUCUGGAAGCCAAAGAAGAAUUUAGCCAUAAGACAUUAGCAAUGGAUGUCAUGCGUCCAAGGCGUAACGACCCGUCUCUGACGGUCAUCACUCAGGACAGUAUGACGGUGGCCGAUAUCGAGGCGGCAGUCAACGAAACGACAUACAGCGGCUUUCCCGUUGUGGUUUCCCGAGAGUCCCAAAGGCUCAUGGGCUUUGUGCUGAGACGGGAUCUGAUCAUCUCCGUUGAGAGCGCCAGGAAGAAACAAGACGGAAUAGUGAGUUCAUCGCGGAUAUACUUCACUGAACACACCCCUCCCCAACCUCCCACGUCGCCUCCAAGCCUAAAGCUCCGCGCCAUUAUGGACCUCAGUCCUUUCACCAUCACUGACCAGACGCCAAUGGAAAUCGUGGUAGACAUUUUCCGCAAGUUGGGAUUGCGUCAGUGUCUGGUGACGCAUAAUGGGAGACUGCUGGGAAUUAUCACAAAGAAGGACGUCCUGAAGCAUAUAGCACAGAUGGCCAACCAGGAUCCAGACUCUAUAUUGUUUAACUGACCCCGCAUCCUCGUAACAUGAACUUUUGGAUCCUGUGAAGCCAUACUCAGUAUCACUUUAUGGUGUUUUUGACACCUUCAUAUUACUGUGAAGAGAAGUGCCUCGCUUCAUGCCAUCGGAGCCCCCCCCUCCCCCCCCCCCCCGGCACUGUAUUUUCUCAGCUCUGCCCAACUGCCCAAGCGACAUGGAGUGAAGGCCACUUUCUCACGUCCAUGUCUGCAGCAAACGACCCGCGCGUCUUACCUGGAGUCUUCAUAUAACCUUUGAUUUGGUGGAGAUUCCGAUCCAACAACGGGAGGAGUGGGCCUAAAAACAUAUAAGGAAAGGUUAUGGGUGGCCAUGCACCUUUAAUAGGAAAAAUGAAUAAAUUAUAUAUUUAAAUUGA